AUGUUGCUGGUUCCUGACAACCGAUAUUACUGGUACCUUACUGAACACGAAACGAAAUUUUCUUGUUCAUCGGCGUUGAAAAAAUUUCUGAAUUGUACCCAUGUGGUGAAUGUUCCGGAUGGGCACCCAUUCUUGAAGUUGAAGACGUUGCCGAAUGGCAACGCAUUGCUGUACCUGAGACAUUCCGACCAGUUCGUAGUUUCACAGGCAAUGGCGCUAGAAAUGGUGUGGCUGACGUUCAGCGGUAUCGAGGACAACUUUCGAACCCAGCUUACGGAAGAGGUCCGUGCUUCUCGGUACCGGCAACUUGUGACACAUUAUCACCGCGAGUUCAAAAAGAAAUACUACGGUAUCACUAGGCUUCUGCUGAGGUCGGCGAUAUGUGUACUCGAUGGAUUGGUAAUUUUGUAUUUACUGAAUAUACCGUAUGUCGUAUCUGUGAAAAUUCACAGAACAGUUAAUAAACGUCGUUUCUUCGAAGAUUCUCAUGAUUGCAUGAUGAAAAAUGUCAUGCUGCGUUCAGGGUUGAAUUUCGAUGUUGCUUCACUGCAUCCUUCUGUCAUAUGACU